GGAUAAUAAAAUAAAAGCAGUGAAAAUAGUUAAAAUGGAGCCUCAAUACACCGAAACGCAAGAGGAGGUGAAAGCUCUAAACAACGAAAUACGCAUUUUGAAGAAUCUUAGACACGUACGAAUCGUGUCAUAUUAUGGAAGUGAACAAAGAGAUUGUUAUCUUCAUUUGUUAAUGGAAUUCAUGGCUGGGGGAUCAUUAUCCGCCCAUAUAAAAAAGAGCGGAGUUCUUCCUGAACGUGAAUCACAAUGGUACACAAAUCAAAUGCUGCAAGGAAUUAAAUUUUUGCAUUCACAGAACGUAAUUCACCGAGAUAUAAAAGGUACGUUUCGUAAAUUAGGUAAUGAGUAUAAAGUGUGCUUUUUUUUGGAUUAGAAAACAAAUUAAGCGUGAAUAUAGAUCAUGUCAGUAAUUUUAUUAUGGCAAAACAACUAGAUUUUUCUUUUUAUAGCUUCGCGACGUUACGAAAACGUUACGAAUUUUCUUUAAGAAAUGACAAAAGGAUGGUAUUUAGUUAUUGUUGCAAUUACAUUUAAUGAAUUUCUCACUCCUACAUUAGGCGGCACUGAAGUUUCUACUGGAACGUUUAGUAAUCCCUGACAAUGCCUUCAACCUUUUCCUAUCUGUUCUAUUUUCUCCACUGUUCUCUGUCAUAACCGAGUAUGUGGUUUAAUAUUGUUGCAACUGAGUAAAAGCUAUUCCUGCUCCAAAACCUCUGCAUUUGUUACUUUAGGACCAAAUGUCUUUUUAGAUGGAGAAGGAAAUGUAAAACUAGCGGACUUUGGGCUGUCAAAAAUGAUUCAGGUACUGAUAGUGUAAUGCAUGCAGAAGUUGCUAACAGAUACAGUGCGAAAUAGCUAUCUUCUGCUUUUAAGAGUAUUCGUUCUCGAUUUCACCUCAUGGAAUUCGAGAGCUUAAAUUAGUCUAAUUGUUAAUUAGCACCUACCAAACCAGCGGACACUGCUUUUCGUACAUUCUGAUUGGCCCCUCAAACUCGGAAAAGUGUUUGCUAUUGACCUCCCAGCUCGCGAGAGUCGUAAGCAAAAUGGUUUCUUGGUUUCCCACCGUAACAGAUCUAGAAAGUCGCUUACUGCAAUUCGAAAAUUUAUUCUAAACUUGAACUGUCCUCGAACUUCAUUGGGAAUAAUUUCGUAUGACAUUUGAUAGGUGAAUGAACAUAAUGUUUCAUGACAACCUCAUUUUGACAGACAUGCUUUUUACAAAUUGUCAACUUUCCUAUCUAAUUUAUAAUGAAAAAAAUUAAUUUAGUUUCAGUAACUUUAACUUUGUUUGCAUACCUUCACCUCUUUUAUCGGUUUUGACUAUUUUGAUAGUAGCUUUCAUUGUAUAACGCUUUCUAGAGAUAAUUGAAUCCAAGAAGGGGAUAUCGAUCACUGAAGCGUCAUUUCUAUAUGUCACAAUAUAACGUCAUCAAUCAAUGUUAUGGACUCGGACUUUUGAAAGUACUAAAUCCUCCAUGUUUCAUGGAUCCUUUACAUAAAUUGCGUCUAUUGUUAUAGCUUUAACAGCGAGUUUGACAGGGCAAGAGCCACAAAAGCUCCUCUCCCCACUAUCUCGCACUCCGUGUUCAACAAGGUCAAAAAAUAGUCGGGUGGGAAAAGGGUUAACAAAAUAACCAUUUUUUCGUCCAACUUAUUCUAGAAAGUUGGCAGUAAAACAAAUUUGGCAUCUUAUUGCGGCACCCCGUACUGGAUGGCACCAGAAACAUUCUGGGGUGAAGGCUCACUGCGCGAAAAGCCAAAUAUUCGGGCCCGAAUUCGCUGGAAUACGGAUCGGCGCACGCCGCGUAUGCCGCAAUGUUCUGACGUAUUCGAUUACGGCUGACUCGA